AUGCAUGCUUUAAAGGAUACAAGAAUAAAUUAUAAGCAACAAAAAGAAGCAUUUGUUACUGGGCAUACGGGUCAGCCAGUGAAAGAAGUAAUUAAGUUGGUUGCAGUUAUUUUUGUAUGUAUAUUAAGUUUUAUGUUUGUUGCUAAGGAUGAGAAGUCAUCGCACUUUUUUGCAGCAGCUCUUCAAUCUUGGCAUUUUGGUCAAAAUUAUGGUUUUUUUCAUUUUUUGAUUGAAUAUGGGCUUUAUUAUGUGAUUCCGUUGCUUUUUUCUACAAUUCUUUCGUCUUAUUUGGAGCAUAUGAUACUGGGAUUUCUAUUUUCAGUACCAAUUUUAUGGUUUUGUACAUUAUUUUGUAAAAAAAACAAAAAUUCAAAUGACAAUACGAAAAAGUCAUUUAGAUACACUUUAAAGGGCAUUCGAGAUACCAAAGACACUGGAAUGAAAUCAUAUGUUAGUACUCUUCGUGGAACAAUCAUGUUAAUAUCAUGUUUAUCUAUUCUUGCUGUAGAUUUCAAGAUAUUUCCUCGGAAACAUGCAAAAGUAGAAACGUGGGGAAUUUCUUUGAUGGAUCUUGGAGUAGGUUUUUUUGUUUUCUCAUUUGGUGUUGUAACAAUUAAAAAUAUUAAAAAUAAGUAUUCAAGUAAGGUAUCUUUUAUUAAGAAAAUGAAAAUAUCUUUAAAACAAUCAUACAUGUUUUUUGUUAUUGGUUUUAUCAGAAUAUUAAUAAUCAAAAUUUGUGAUUAUCCUGAGCAUGUUUCAGAAUAUGGUGUUCACUGGAACUUUUUUUUUACACUAGGGGUUCUCUCUCUGUCUCUCGUAUUUAUAGAGUUUUUACAUCAAUAUUUAAAAUCUUAUAUCUUUAUUAUAAUAUUAUUAUCGAUUUGUAAUGAGUUAUUAAUACGUUUACCGCAUGUUCUUGCAUAUAUUUUAAAUGCACCUAGGACAAAUUUAAUUUCAGCAAAUAGAGAAGGUAUAUUUUCAUUAAUAGGUUAUUUGAUUAUAUAUUUGUCCGGAAUAGACACUGGUAAAUAUCUGUUUUAUGAAAAUAAAUCUUCCAAAAAAAAUAAUUCAAUUAAUCAAUAUAAAGUAAUUUUAAAAAUAUUUUCACUAUUUGUUUUUUAUUCUGUUAUAUCUUAUUAUUUUACUUUUUAUGGGAAACAUCCUAUUUCAAGAAGAUUAACUAAUUUACCAUAUGUAUACUUAAUAUCAGCAUGCUCAUUAGGUUGUUUAGUAUGUCAAAUGCUUAUUGAAAUUUUAUUUUUUGGAUCAUCUGCAAAAUACAUUGAUAUUGUACCUUUAAUGCUUCACUAUGUUAAUAAAAACGGAUUAAUCAUUUUUUUGAUUGGAAACCUAAUAACAGGAUUAAUAAACUCAUCAAUAAACACACUUGAAGUUGGCAAUGUAGCAGGAUUCCUAAUUAUGAUUAUUUAUGGCAUAAUUCUUUGUGGGGUUGCUUUCAUAAUAGAUAUUAAAGAAUGGAAAUUUAAAUUUUAA